AUGACUGAACCUACAAUCGACUUUCACAUACAAACCCACCAACCACAAUUCAACAUCCCUACACAACUAAUCAAAAAAAAUUUCAAGUCAAUUCAAAAACUAAUUGAGAAGCAAAAGAAACAAACCAGUGAUGAAAUAACCAAGAUCAAAAAGAACUCCAAACUACCAACCAAGAUUCAACUUGAAAUGAUUCGCAAGUUGAUUAACAACUUUGAGACUUUUCAAAAAAAGUUGCAAGUUUUGAUAAAGAAGGACGAAGAAUACCGAUUACGAUUGGUUGCCAGGUUGGAGAAUAUAGUGCAGUUGAGCAACUACUGUAUAAAUGGCGAAAGCUCGAACUUAGAUGACCAAACAAAAGGCAAGAAUAGUGAUGGAGAUACGCCACCAGUUGAGGAGACAAACCACAUACUCAACUUACAUAAUCCUAAUCUAAUCAAUUGGUACCGAAAUGAAACCAACCUUUUGAUAAUCGACUACUUGAUCAAAUCAAAUACCAAUGACACCGAAAAUCUUGGUCUCAAGUUGCUUGAGUCAUUGUCCAAGACUAACCCCAAAUUAAGCAGACUUAUUGAUUUUGACUUGUUUCUUGAUUUUAACAAGGUUUAUUUAUCAAUUACAAAAGCCCAUGAUUUGUCAUUAAUCAUCAACUGGUUUAAUGAGAAUAAAAACUCGCUUAAGAAAAUCAACUCCAAUCUUGAAUUUGAAAUCAAUUAUUGUAAAUAUUUGACCUUGAUUGAAGUUGGUGAUGUUAAUGAAGCAAUUAAAUUUUCUCAAGAUAAUUUAUCGAGCUAUGGUAACAAAGACAACUAUUCUGUUGAAGAAAUGGGCAAUUAUAAAUUAAACCUGGACCGUUUGAAAGGGUUGGGAGGAUUACUAGUUUAUCGAUCAAUGAGCAGCAAUCCUUUGAGUAAUAUGUUGGCAUUUUCCAAUAAAUUAAUGUUUCAGUCACAACCGUAUCGUGAAUACGAGAAACUACUUUCAAAUCAACGAUGGGAAGAUCUAGGUUAUUGCUUUAUAGACAAUUUUAUCAAGCUAUAUGGUAUUACCAACAACUAUCCCUUGUUUGUUUACCUAUCGGCAGGAUUGUCUAGUUUAAAAACAAAAUCGUGUUAUCACAAUAACGAAAAUACCGUUUUCAAAGAUGAUUCAAUGGAAACUUCAGCUUUGGAGAAUACUGUUCCGCAUAAUGAUUAUCACAAUGGUAGCCAUAAUGGAUUUCCUUCUACACAAACUCCUAUAUUAAUCACAUCAGCUAAAUUCAAUUCAUAUACUGCACCCACUCCUACAACAACAACAACCUCCAAUCCAUUAACCAUUCGCAAGUUCCGGGGACCUGAUUACUACUACAGACUACUUCAUAAAGUCAACAACUGCCCUGUUUGUUCACCGGAAAUGUUUCAAUUGAGUAGAAACUUGCCAUUUGCACAAUUGAUCACUAGUAUUUUCAACAAUCCUUUCAGACUACCCAAUGGAAAUAUCUACCCAUUUGAUAAAUUAUUGUCAACAACAGUGAAUAAUGAUGAAUAUUUCUCAGAACAAAAUACGUUGUUACGUCAGGGACAAGUUAAGGAUCCAUUGACCCAUGAAGUGUUUUACAUUGAUAAUUGUAUAAGAGUGUUUCCUGCAUAG